AUGCCCGAUCUCCCUCCCUCCAAUGUAAUCAUCAUCCACCCGGACCUCGGCAUCGGCGGCGCCGAGCGCCUCAUCAUCGACGUCGCCCUCGCCCUGCAGUCCCGCGGCCACCGCGUCACAGUCUAUACGUCUCACCGCGACACGGGUCAUUGCUUUGAGGAGGCCCGCGACGGGACCCUUGAUGUUCGCGUCCGUGGGAAUACGGUCUUUCCGGCUCAUCUGGGGGGACGGUUUCAUGUCUUCAUGGCGAUUUUGAGACAGUUGCAUUUGACGAAGGAGGUUUUAGGGGAUUUAUCUAGCGGUGAUACUGGGUCUGGAGCUAGAAAUGGGGAUAAGAAUGAGGAUGAGGAUAAGGAGAAGGAGAAUGAUCGCGAUACCAUCUUCAUCGUGGACCAAGUUCCCGCCUGCGUGCCGUUUUUGAAGACCCUCGGACCCAGGUACCAGCAUCAGGAUCAGGAUCAGAAGGAAGGGACUUCGCGCCAACGCAUUCUCUUCUACUGCCAUUUCCCCGAUCAAUUGCUUUCGCGACGCAACGAGGGCGGCUCGCUUCUUCGGCUGGCUAAACUGCUCUAUCGGUGUCCGUUUGACUGGUUCGAGGGGUGGGCGUUGAGCGCGUCGGAUCGCGUCGUUGCGAACUCGCGGUUCACGCGCGGUGUCGUGAGCGAUGUCUUUGGGUUGCAGUCGUUGGGAGAUGUAAGGGUUGUUUAUCCGUGCGUUGACACGGAUGCUGGGAGUGGUGAUGGGGAUGGGAAUGGAGAGGUGGGGAAGGGGGAUGAGAAGCUCUGGGGUGGGAAGAAGAUUCUCUUGAGUAUUAACCGAUUCGAGAGGAAGAAGGAUAUGGCGUUGGCGGUUCGCGCGUAUCAUGGCCUUGGGGAGGAGAAGAGGAGGGGGACGAGGUUGGUAAUUGCUGGCGGUUACGACAACCGAGUCCAAGAGAAUGUGCAGUAUCACAAAGAACUGGAUGACCUUGCCACCGGUCUGGGGCUACAGACGGCUACGUCGAAAACGGUCAUCUCUGCGCUUUCGAUACCCGACUCGAUCGACGUUCUCUUUCUGCUCUCCGUGCCGACCGCAUUCCGCGAUUCGCUGCUCCUGCAGUCGAAACUGCUCCUCUACACGCCGAUCAACGAGCACUUCGGCAUUGUCCCCGUGGAGGCGAUGCGCGCUGGGAUCCCCGUCCUGGCAUCCAACACUGGCGGUCCCUUAGAGACGAUCGUCGAGGGCGAAACAGGCUGGCUCCGGGACGCCAAGGUGGAUGCCGACUGGACAGCGGUGAUGGACAAGGUUUUAUACGGUAUGGAUCAGACGGAAUUGGACCGCAUGUCUGUCGCAGCUAAGAAGCGCGUGGAAAAUGAGUUCUCGCUCACGGCCAUGGGCGAUAGUCUGGAGGAGGAAAUCGGCGAGAUGCUAGGCAGCGAACGACGGCCAAAUCCAUAUCACCACGUGACCUCGCGCUCAGCUCGCGCGGUGACGUCGCGACUCGACACGUGCCUCACGCACUCCAUCACCGACAUCAACCCCGAUCACCAAUCUCAAACAACCCGUCCCUCUUGGUGGGAAAUAGGCGCCAUGCCCGAGGUCAUCGACCUGCUCUCCUCCACCCCUCCCCACCCGCAAGACCGACCUCCUCAACCCUCCCGAAGACCACCACCAGCAGCGCCAUCUCCUCUCCCUCCCCCUCCGGUCGAACACACGACUCUUCAAGCGCGACAAGGCCCUCCCUCACUCCCCGCUCCCACUCCGGCCAUCAAUCCCUCCUCGCACUUCAUCCUCUCCUCUGACUUCGAUACCUCCCCGAUCGCAUUCACAGAUGACAUCGACACGAACAUCGACGCCGAGAACCCCUCAAAACGAAGACGUCUAAGUCAGGACGAGAACCCCGGCGACGGGAGUCCUAAACCUACACACCGAUCUCCCCGACAGAGCAGCCCAUUCGCCCCGCCGCCUUCUCAUCAACGUCCUCCUCCUCCUGACCCCUCUCGCAAUCGACUCUUCUUAUUCUCGGAUGAAGAUUUCCUUUCGUCCCUGCCGGCACUGUCUUCGGAGGGACCCGGUCUAGAACCAGAUCUAGAUGUAGAUCCAGGCCCCGCACCGAGGGUGAAUCGGCCGAUUCGAGAUAUUCCGGCUUGGAAUGGCGAGUCGGAUCCGAUUGUUUUCACUUCUUCGGCGCCGGACAAUGGGGGGAAUAGGACAAGGGGGACGGAGACGAGGACGAGGACUACGAUGGAAACGGUGACGAUUGACGAUGACGAUGGGGAUGAUUAUGGUGGACCUGGUGGUGACGAUCACGACAAUAUCAAUGCGCCUGUCCACCGAGACCGACGACGCUUGGAACAAGACGAUAUCGAGCCAUUUAGCGAUGAGUUUGCGAUCCCGGAUUUGAAUGAAUUAUUGGCGAUGACAACAACAACAAGAACAACAGCAACAAGCAAGGCGGGGUCAUCGCGAGACGUCUCUACGAAUAACGAACGGGGCCCGAAUCUAUCGAGUAGGACGGCAAAUCUCCUAGCGAGUUUGGAGACUCAGUCGAAGACUGAGAAGUCGAUGCCGAUGCCAAUGCGGACAGGAAAAAACGGCCGGGGGGAUGUGGUCGAGGUCGAGGAGAUCAUGGAUGAAGUGGCUGAGCCGCGGAGGCCAGGACGGAAGAAGGCGACGGCCUCGACGACCAAACUUACGAGUGGGGAGAAAGACGCACGAGCGCGAGAGCGGGAGGCAUCGAAGGUGCAGCGUGAACAGGAUCGACAGCAAGAGAAAGAGCGGAAGCAGAAACUCAAGGAGGAAAAGGCCCGUGAUAAGCAGCUUGCGGCGGAUAUCGCGCAGGUCAACAAGCUGAAGGUCGAUAAGAAGGAGUCCACGCCGGAGAUGAUCGUCGAUCUGGCGUCGAGUCUGGAAGGCACGAGUGUGGGUAAUCAGAUGGCGGAGUUCAUGAGCAAGCUCGGUGUGGAAUUGACCUACUUUACGAGCGCCAUGCCGAAUGUUGUGCGCUGGAGGCGGAAGGUCAAGGCGAGAUAUAACGAUGCCGCGGGACACUGGGAGCCGUGUGCGUUUCACAUUCGUCAGGAAGAGCAGGUGCUUGUUCUUUUGACGGCGCAGGAGUUUGUUGACCUGGUUAUCGCAUCACCUGCAACGCAGUAUACUUCUGUAUCACCCGACCUACCGGCGGAGACAGCAGCAGCAGCAGUAGUAAUCACUUUAGAGCAACACGUUCAACAACUCAAAAACGCCUACCCAGGCUGCAAGCCCAUCUACCUUAUUGAAGGUCUCACCGGCUGGAUGCGCAAGAACCAAAAUUCCCGCAACAGAGCCUACGUCGCCGAAGUGCGUCGUCAAAUGGAGCAAGAAACGACCUCUUCUCAACAACCCUCCUCUCGAGGGCGGAAAAAGGCCGCAAGGAAACCCGAAACCACACCCCCGGUUGACGACGACACCGUGGAAGACGCCCUUCUUCAACUCCAAGUCACCCAUUCCUGUCUGAUCCACCACGCCGCCGCCGCCGCAGAAUCCGCUGAGUGGAUCAAGAAUUUCACAGAACACGUCUCCACCGUCCCGUACCGACACGAGAUGAUGGAGGGCCGCGACGCUGCAUUUUGUAUGGACACGGGGCAGGUGAAGCCUGGGGAUACCAAAUCCGAUACCUUUGUCAAAAUGCUGCAGGAGGUUCAUCGCGUCACUGCUCCCAUGGCGUAUGGCAUUGAGGUCCGGUAUCCGAGUGUUUUGGAUCUAGUUCAGGGCAUGAGAAGAGGUGGUCCGGGGUUGUUGGAGGAUGUAAAGAAAUCAGCCAACAAGAAUGGCGCUCUCACCGAUUCCCGUAUCGGCCCGGCGGCAAGUAAACGGUUGUAUAAAGUUUUCAUGGGACUUGAUUCUUCGUCGACGGAUAUUUGA